CUAGAUUCCAGUGGCGGUGUGCUUUACCUCACUGCAUCCGAUGCUUUGCAUUGCACUUGGUGAUGUAAGGCUUGGAUGCAGCUGCUCAGCCAUGGAAACCCAUUCCAUGAAGCUCUCUCUGCCACAUAAAGUUUGGAGGUCUUUAGCUAUUGACUCUGCAGACAGUUGGCGACUUCUGCGCACUGUGCGCUUCAGCAUGGACCGACCCAGCUCUGUCAUUUUACAUGGUCUACCACUUGGUGGCUGAGUUUCUGUUGUUCCCAGUUGCUUCCACUUUGUAAUAAUACCUCUAACAGUUGACUGUGGAAUAUUUAGUAGCAAGGAAAUUUCACAGAUGGACUUAUU